GCCCGAGAAGCCGGAUUAAUCCGCGAUAAUUUCACAGGAGUGUUCUGCUGGGCAUUACGCAACAGACGCAUAAUUAACCCGCUUCUCGAUGAGACAAUCAAGGCGUUUUUCGGGCACAUCCUCUCUGUCAUUCUCCGAAAGCCAAACUGACCAUGAAACGAGAGCCACCAAGGUGUUGGAGCAGGCCAAGUGACAAAUCGACGUCCCAGCCCAGUCCAAAAAAAUAAAAAAAACUCACCGGGUGCCAACACCUUAGCCACGAGUGCCAGCGAACCACAGCCAUCAGCACAACCACCGAAAACCAAAACCACCUCUAAUAGCCACGAUGAUCCGGGGCUGGGAUCGCGGUUCAGUGCUCUCGGCUCGGGCAGAACCCAGAGCUUGGGUUAGAGUUGAAAUAAAUACGGAGCCAUCCGUUCCGGCCAGAUCAUUCGCGGUCUGACGCCAGUUCGAGAAGCUUUGGCUCGUUGUGAUACAGUGUGAACAGGAUAUCUUCGGUCUUACCCCCCAAAAUUGGAGAGGCACAUCGAGUGCCAGGUGCUAAAUUUGUGAUCGAUUCGGUGGAGCCAAGUGCAGCGGGGUCACCAUGCGUGCUAUUAUGUUGUUAUCCUGCCUGACCCUGCUCGUCUGUGUCCAGUCAGCAGUGACAGGACCUGAAGCUCGUUCAAGUGGGAACUCCAAGGAUCAGCAGCUGGCCACUGCGAGCGUUGGAAUCAUUGACUCCGUGCUCCGAGGAAAGAGCCGUCAAUCACGCUGCGUUAGAUGUUACGAGGAUCGGGAUAGGGAUCGGUACUAUAGCGGAUAUUCCAGUCGAACUGGCGACGAUAUGCGCGGCAGCAGUGCCUGGUACUAUUCCGGUUAUGAUGAUCGUAGCAGCAGCAGCAGGGAUCGGGAUUACGACCGUUACUACGAUCGCUCUCGUUAUUACGACGAUCGGUACACUCCCAGGACCUACGAUCGGUACGAGGGGCGUGGCUACGAAGAUUACAGAAGGGGAUCCGGCUAUGGAGGGUCCUAUGAUCGGGAGCGAGGUUAUGGUUACGACAACAGGGAUCGUUACUACGGUGGUGAUCGCUACAGCGAGGGGUCUUCAAGAGAUCGCUACAGCGAGGGGUCUUCAAGAGACCGCUACUACGAUCGCUUCAGGUCCGGCGGCUAUGAGCGCUACGAUCCGUACGAUCGCUACUACUCCAGGUAUGAUUUUCGCAACUAUCGCCCUUGGGAUGAGACCUACAGGGGCCAAUCCGGUUUCGAUAACUCCGGACGUGGCUAUUACUUUGCCACCGAUGAGGACGAAAGUGACAGGAGUCGAGGAUACGGAGGAUACUCCUAUGCCCGACCCUCCUCCUCGAUGAGUAGUUCACCCUGCGGCCGAAUCUCCGGAAAUUGUCCUUAUGCCGGCGGCUCCAAGGUCACCUCCUCGGCCAUUGGCAGCGACAGUUCGCGAGUGGGUGGCCACACGAAUGUCCUGGGCUCGGAGGGAGGUCCCGGCAGCUGGACCUAUCUGGGGGAUCAGGAGAAGGUCGGGGGCAGCAGCGGCAGCAGCAGCGGAUCUGGCGGUAGCAGCAGCAGCAGCAGCGGCAGCAGCAGCGGCUCAAGCGGCAGCGGCGGCAGUCGGGAGCGGGAACGGGAACGGGAGCGGGACAGGGAGCGGGAUGCACAGAGCUCUUCCUAUGGUGGCCGAGCACGUCCUCUAGGCGUCAGCUAUCUGCUCGAACGGGACGCGGACACUCCGUCGGAUGGAACAGGAAACACGGCGAGUGCCGCCGGAAAUGGUGGAGGCAACAGUGGUGGUGGUGCUGGUGGUCAGAGCAUGCCCAUCCCAGCUGCCCAGACAGCCGCCGAGGGAAGUUCGGGCUCGGCUGGCCAGUAACUGGACGAGGAGCCAGAACCAAAUCCAUAUCCCGAUCCAGGAACGGAUGCAGUGCAGCGGCUGGGAGGGAGGCCCACCCGGUGGGCGUGGCCGGGC